CUGGACGCCGCGGUGCAGGCCGUGAGCGAAGGCGGGCUGCUCUGCGUCACCUGCACUGACAUGGGCGUGAUGGCGGGGAACAGCUCGGAGACAUGUUACAGCAAGUACGGCGCCGUCUCCCUCAAGGGCAAGUUCUGCCAUGAGAUGGCUCUUCGGAUCAUCCUGCACAGCCUGGACCUCCGGGCCAACUGCUACCAGCGGUUCAUCGUGCCCCUGCUCUCGGUCAGCGCCGACUUCUAUGUCCGCGUCUUCGUGCGGGUCUUCACGGGGCAGGCGAAGGUCAAAGCCUCGGCCAGGGCCACCGCCCCGGGGACACCCCCGGGGAAGCCCCCAGCCCCAUGA